GCUCUCUUGCCUCUGACAACUCAUUUGCUGCUUGUCUUUCAGCAUAACUAUGCUGUCUCAACGAAUCUUGGCCCGGCGCCUGCCCCAGGUUGCCGCCCGAGCCAUUGCUCCCCGCGCAUCCUUCUCCCAGAUCCCAGCUCUUCGUGCUGCUGAGAUUAAUGAUCCUCUACAGAACAACAACUACCCCAACCCUCCCGCUUUGAAGCGGGCACACAGAGACCCUUACGGUGGCUGGUGGGAUGCGCAAGAGAAGCGCAACUUUGGCGAGCCUGUGCACGAGGAUAACGAAAUUCUCGGUGUCUUCAGUCCCGAGCAAUAUACCCACGUCUCGGCCGGCAAGGGUUUCUUCCACCUCGGAUGCUUCGUCGUUGCUUUCCUUGGCCUGGUUGGCGUUGUCAGCCUCAACUACCCUGACAAGCCGAGUGCUCCUAAGACCUAUGUCGAUGGUCUAGAGAAGGAGUUGGGAGGUCCCAGUGCUUUGCCGGCUCGCAAGUCCGGCGACACAUGGUGAUUGACAUCUGGUUUCUCUUUUUGUUUGUGUAAAUACCAGUACGAUUUUCUAUCUUCGGCGUCUUUGGGGACUGGUGGUCGAUUCACCAGUCCUAUGUUUCAUCAAAACCCGAAAAAGCCCGAUCGCAUGCUCGGAAUGAAUUUGGAUUAAAAACUACUUUUCUGUUUGUCGUAUGUGCCGAUAUAUGGCAUUGAUUC